AUGAAUCGACAGUUAGUAUGUGUAAAAAAAAUCAAAAGUGGAGACGGAACAUGUUUGCGAUUGUCGGAGAAGAGGCAAGAAAACCUGCCGUUGCAAUUGAGUGAAUGUGAGAGAGUGUUCCAGCUGUGAGUAGAACUGGUGGAAGCGGCCGUUAUGGGUAGAGCCGGAAUUCGGCUUCUGUAACCUGAGAUUACUGAAGGAAGACUCAGAAUCUGCGCCAUUGUUCUGUUCCUACCUCAGUUCUUGAGUUGCAACUGCGGGCCAUAUAUUUAUCAUGGGCCGGGCUGGCCCAAAAAAAGGUAAACCAUUUCGGAUUUUAGUGGUUGAACAAACCCAACCAUAUUAAAAAGGGAAGGAUAAAAUGGUCAUUGGCGAAAAAUGAGACGCUUUUGUUUCACUCCACGUCCUUUUUCUUUUCUCCUUUGAAUAUUAUUUCCUUUCCUCUUUUUACAAAAAACACCUCACUGCCCACUGCAUCCGUGUAGAGAGAGAGAGAGAGAAGCGAGAAGAGAGGGAGGGAAGAGCCGUUUGAGAGAGUGAGAAGAGAGUAUAUAGUGUAGCCAUGGUGUCGGACCAGGAGAUAGCGCAAGCCGUGGAGACAGUUCUCCGGCAGUCGGACCCCAACGCCGUGACUUCUCUGAACGGCGUCGUGCAACGCCUGGAGGCAAAUCUAGGGUUGAGCCUAGCUCACAAAGCUGAGUUCAUAAGAGAUCAGAUCACCUUCCUCCUCCGCUCCCACCCCGUUCCCAAAGACCAGCUGCCCCCUCAACCCCACCCCCACUACCUCAUUCCUCAGCCAUUUCACCAACCUCCUCAUUUCGCACUCCAGCAGCUAACUGACCCUGCCUACACCCAGCCACCGGAAGUGCAACACCCACAGCCUUCGCGCCCUCCGAAAGAAGAGAAUGCGGCGGCGAAUGCUUCUGAAACGCCGAAAGGAAGAGCCCCAGCAGGAACCAAAAGAAAGGGUGGUCCGGGAGGCCUAAACAAACUGUGUGGUGUUUCACCUAAACUACAAGCGAUUGUUGGGCAGCCAGAAUUGCCAAGGACGGAGAUAGUAAAGCAGCUGUGGGUGUAUAUUAGGAAACAUAAUCUUCAGGAUCCAGAGAACAAGAGAAAGAUUAUAUGUGAUGAUGCUUUGCGAUUGGUUUUUGAGACAGACUGCACUGACAUGUUCAAGAUGAAUAAGCUGUUGGCAAAACACAUCUUGAGACUUGAACCUACGAAAGAACCUGUUCAAGCCAAGAAAUCAAAAGUUGAAGAUGAUUCUACAAAGCAAAAGUCUUAUCCCAGUCUUCUUCCUGUGGUGAUAUCUGAUGAACUAGCUAAAUUUUUUGGAACUGGAGAAAAAGAGAUGCUUCAAUCGGAGGCUUUGGGUCGUGUCUGGGAGUACAUAAAAUCUAACGAACUUGAGGAUCCACUGAGUUCUAUGGUUAUUCACUGUGAUGCGAAGCUUCAGGAGCUUUUGGGGUGUGAAAGCAUUUCUGCUUUGGGAAUUCAGGAGAUGCUUUUGCGCCAUCAUUUACUUAAGCAGUGUUAAUGUUUUCUUUUGUGUGAAUGGUCUCUUGAUGCUGUAGUUUGCUAGUUGUUUAUGAUGACAUGACUGAUGCUGCCAAACGGAGAUGUAAUUCUAGUGUCUUUUGAUUUGUCUAAUGUUUAGAUGUAUGGAAUCACUCACAGGUAGCGACUAUAGUUGCAGUGCGACUUGGUACCUGAAUGUAGGCUAUAAUUGUUUUGUAAUUAUGCUGCUGUAGCUUGCUUAGGGUGGUGUUAAUCUAUUUGCCUUCUUUUCCACUUGACUGCUGCUGGUGUUCAAAUGCCCCCUGUAUCACACAUGUUUAUCCAACUAGUUCUAAAUUCUAAUGCCUUCUUUUCUUGCGAUGAAUUUGGUUUUAA